UGGCGGAAGCGGAAGUGCGGGGAGACUGGAGGAGCCAUGGGGGUGAAGCUGGAGAUCCUGAGGAUGUUCCUGUACCUGUCCUUCCCCGUGGCCGUGUUCUGGGUCUCCAACCAGGCCGAGCUCUUCCAGCGUCACGUGAUCGACCGCAAGAGGGAGAUUUUCCCACCGGACACCCCGGAACGGCGCCAGGCCAUGGCUGAGCUGAAGCAGCGGCUGCGGGACAGGAAGGGGACGCAGGCCUGAGGGGACAGCGGGGACACCAGGGACACACCUGGGGACACAGAGCCACCUGGGGACACGGCAGUGACACCAGGGACACACCUGGGGACACGGCAGUGACACCAGGGACACACCUGGGGACACAGAGCCACCUGGGGACACGGCAGUGACACCAGGGACACACGGCCACCAUGGGACACACCUGGGGACACGGCAGUGACACCAGGGACACACCUGGGGACACAGCCACCGUGGGACAUGGCAGUGACACCAGGGACACACCUGGGGACACAGAGCCACCUGGGAACACGGCGGUGACAGCAGGGACAGAUGGCCACUGUGGGGACACAGCAGUGCCAGCGAGGACACGGUGACCCAUGGGACACGGCAGUGACACCAGGGACACACCUGGGAACACGGCAGUGACACCAGGGACAGAUGGCCACUGUAGGACAUGGCAGUGACACCAGGGACACACCUGGGGACACGGCAGUGACACCGGGGACACACGGCCACCGUGGGACACACCUGGGGACACGGCAGUGACACCAGGGACACACGGCCACCGU